UAGCAAUUAAACCAGCUUUCCAAUUAUCAAUCCAGCCUCGUCAAGGAUUGAUUGCUCAGCUCUCUUACAAAUCCACGCUUCUUUUGCGACUCUGCCUGGCCCGUUCGUAUAAGUAUGGAACACCGCUCCCCGGUUGGUGGAGGGCAUUACUCUCAUCACCCUCAAGCCUUUGUAUCCUCUCAUCUCCCACUAUCAUGGCAGCAUCAAAGAUUGUUCUCGUAUUGGGCGCAGGCGGCAAUGUUGGCGCCAGCAUUGCCACCUUGUUUGCCAAACAAAACUACCGCGUUGCUCUCGCCGCAAGGAGUCUGCAAGACUCUACAAACAGCAGCGGACAUCUCAAUAUCCGGGCAGAUCUUGGGGAUGAAAAGUCAGUGAAUGCGGCUUUUGACAAAACGAUCGCACACUUCGGGCCCCCGAACGUUGUGGUGUACAAUGCUGCUGUUGCUCAUUUCGUUCCAGCAGAAGACCCACUGAGCCUUUCAGUCGCCCAUUUCAACGAAGACAUCGCAAUCAACACGGCGGGAGUCCUCGUUGCAGCCAGGAGAGCGGUGCAGGGCUUUCAGCAGCUGCCUCAGAGCACCCCCAAGACCUUCAUCUACACCGGCAACAUCCUGAACCAAGAAGUCAUCCCGGCUCUCAUGAGCAAUGGAAUUGGCAAGUCGGCUUCGGCGCACAUCAUUGCGGUUGCUUCCAAGGUGUACGCCGCGGAGAACUAUCGUUUCUAUUAUGCGGAUGAGCGAAAGGGAGAUGGUGCCCCUGCAUACCGCGACGUUUCCGGCGAUAACCAUGCGCAGCACUAUCUUGAACUCGCCGAGACGGAGGAGCAGAGACCUUGGCUACAGACUUUUGUCGGCGGGCAAGGCUAUAGCAAGUUCUAGGGCAAUAGCAUAGUCAAACGUCGACAUGAGUAUCGCUUCAAUCAUCGUUACGUACUUGCAAAGACUUAUUUGAUCAGAUUGUGGGUGUUGUGCCGGAUUGGCAUCCCUCUACAGCGUUCGCGGUCCCUCCGAUCCGCGCGUUCCGCCAAGGCUGGCGACCUCAGCCUUGUGCGCGGUGGCGG